CUGUAGUAGAUUCUGUAAUUUAGCGUGUCGCAUCAAGAGUCCUGAAGCGGCGGAAGAGGCAUGAUUUUCCAAGCGCAGUCUUCUCUUUAACCGCGCAUAGACAGACACACGCACGACUAGCGAACACACGACCAGAUUGUAACGUUUUUCCUCGUUUUCAAACGCAUUUUGUUCAUUUCCUGCUAUAUAAACUACUCUGUUAGCAUUAGCCAGGUAGCUUGCAUCUGGAAAUCCGACAAGUAUGAUCAGCCUGGCGGUGGAUUAAUCGGCCUAUUGUAACAGAAGAUUCAUUUUUCUCACGUGAAACCGCGAUGUCACACAGUGUAGUAAAGAUUGAUUGUUGUUUGUGUUGUUCCAAAGGCGCUGUCUGAAGUUUAUGUAACGUUACGUUAGGUUUGUAAAGCUUAACAAAACCCAGGAAAACUGGAGAUCACAGCCAGGAAAUAUCUUCAGGAGAGCAGACUAAAGCCCUUUCUGCCUUCAGACUCGUCAGUUUAGAGCAAACAAAGAGGAUAUCCAUCCAAAGCCGUUUCAUUCCAUCUGCAGAAAGAGAAUAAAGCAAAAAAACCAAAAAAAAAAACAGGCUGAUAUGAUGUUUCCACAAGCCAGGCACUCGGCUUCGUCUCAAUCGACACAGUCGCUCAAAUUCACCACGUCAGACUCUUGUGAUCGCAUCAAAGAUGAAUUUCAGUUCCUGCAGGCCCAGUAUCACAGUCUGAAGCUGGAAUGUGAUAAACUGGCGAGUGAGAAAUCUGAAAUGCAGCGUCAUUACAUAAUGUAUUAUGAGAUGUCAUACGGACUCAACAUUGAAAUGCACAAGCAGGCCGAGAUUGUGAAGAGAUUGAACGGAAUCUGUGCUCAGGUGUUGCCUUACCUGUCUCAAGAGCACCAGCAGCAGGUCCUGGGAGCGAUUGAGCGAGCCAAACAGGUCACCCCUCCUGAGAUGAACUCAAUUAUUCGGCAGCAGCUUCAGGUUCACCAGCUCUCUCAGCUUCAGGGUUUAGCGUUACCCAUGACCCAUCUGCCCCUGGGCCUGACUCAGCACUCCCUGCCCGCCGUCACCUCCAACUCCGGCCUCCUGUCUCUGUCCAGCAUCCUCGCAUCCCACGCGCACCUGGCCAAGGAGGAAAAGAGCUUCCGCGACGCGGCUGACGGCCACCGUGACGAGGACGCCGACAAAUCCGACUAGCCUCCACAGAGACAGUUUGAUUCUGUCAUGACGGGGUGCAGAAAGAGAGGAGGAGGGAUCGUCUCAGAGGAUUGGGUCUGAUUCACUCUCUCUCUAUCUCUCUCUCUCUGUUCACACUGCAAAUCUUUAUUCUGUAAUUUUGUUUGACUUAAUUUUUGUUUUUUAAUUAGUGAUGUUUGCUAAGGCUCUAGAACUAUUGCUCGUACUUGGGGUUAGUGAUUUGAACAGACCCCUAACCCGGAGUAUUAAACUUCAGCAUGUAACAUACCUCAAAUUGUGUGUCUUGUUGAGGAGAGCUGUAUUAUUACUGUAAGUUUGACUUCUGGUUUUUCUUGGCAGUCAAUAAAAUGGAUGAAAAAAUGCCAUAGAUAUUGACCGAGAGACCCAAAUCGUAUCCAGAGACCUGAAUAUAAUAGUCUUCAUGAUGCAUCAUCCAAUGCUCUAGUAACUGUAUAGCGGCCCUGGCCACUUUUCUAAACACACUCCAAACAACUUGGCAAGAGCACAGCAGCGCCCUAGCAACUAAUCAAAUGCCCAAGUCUUUGCAUAGUGCAUUAACAAGCAACCACAGAGUGAGACCCUAGCAACCACAUAGCAACACCCUAGCAACUACAAAACUGCCCUGGCAACUACUCCAAACACACAUGUGCAAACAAACACAACGAGCGAUGCCUUGGCAAUUAACCAGAUUGGCCUGGUAGCACUCUAGCAACAGUAGCAUUAAUAUUGUUAUUAAUGUUUAGAGCAUUUUUAAUAUAAAUAAGCACCAGUUCAGCUGCGAUACCAAACAGGACCAGAGGAAGAUCUCUAAACCUGCUUCCUUAACCUGACUGUACAUGCUACUAUACGGAUCCAUUGAGAAUAACCAAAACAACAAAACACCGUUUUUAUUAUAAAACACUCAAAACAUUCGAAACAUCUAAAACACACAUCCACCUUGGCAACUAUCCAGAAAGGCCUAGCAACCACCUCGUAACAUCCUAGCAACUGCAUAUCCACCCUGGCAACCACCUCAAACACAGCAGUGCACAAAACAACCAAUUAGAACAACUUCCAAAUAACGACGGCAGCAACCAAUCCAAAUGCCCUAGCGUUUGCAUAGCAAUGCAUCAUUCAUAACUCUUAAACAACCACCCAGAAUGUUCUGUUAGUGGCAUAGCAACAUGCUAAAACAAUAGAACACCCUAGCAACCAUACCAAUGCCUUGGCAACCAUCUGAAACCAAGCAUCUGUGUAGGAAAGUGACAGGCCCCAGAACACCCAGAGAUAUUCCCAGUUCAGACCCACAUCCUGGAAUCUUUUCUGUGUCAUCCUGGCUUGCAGUGAAUGUGGUUUCAUGUUUGUCCAGCAGGUGGCAGCCACUGAGUGUGUGUGUGCUGAAGGAUUGGUGCAGAUGUAUUGGGUUAUUUGAAAUGGCAUACUAUCAUACUACUACUACAGCAGUGGUUUUCAGUAGUUUUUAGCUUUUUGGUUGAUAUUGACUAAAAUGAUGUUAUUAGUAGCUAUAAAUAUGAAAAUAAUUAAACUAAAAUGCAAACAAAAAAAAUCAAGAUUUAAGACUGAAAUGUAUUUCUUAUAUAAUAUAAUAAUAAGAAUACAGUAAUGAAAUUACUUUUACUUUUGAAAUAUUUUUUUUUAUCUCAAUAACUAUUGUUUAAAUGAAGUUAUUGAAAUCUCUAAGAUAAAAUACUUCACAAUAAGGUCUCGUUUGUUAACAUUAGUUAAUGCAUUAAGUAUAUGAACAAUGGAUUUUUAACACUCUUAUUAACCUUCGAUAAUGUUCAUGUUAGUUUAAGUUAUCAGAUAGAACUUUUGAUUUGAAUAAUUCAUCCCUAAACAUCGAAAUUGACAUUUAAGAUUAAUAAAUGCUGUAGAAGUAUUGUUCAUUUCAACUAAUAUAGUUAACAAGUGAAACCUUAUUGUAAAGCAUUACCAGUAUAUCAGUGCUCACAAUUUUUCUUAAUAAAAAAGUAGCUGUCAUAAUUUAAGGCAGUUUAAUAAAUCUAACCGUGAUUUGCAGAAUAACCUUUUUUUUUUUUUUUUUUUUUUUUUUUUACAUGGACACUACUUGCUGAAUGAAACCUGCAAAAUGACGAGCUCAUCCCAAUGCGGCACACAGUACUUAGUAUGCUAGUAUUCCAGGCUGUUUUAAAGACAAGACUACCUAAGGUUGUACAUAGGCACUGGUGCAUUGUGGGUAUUUUAUGAUUGUGCAUUCCUGGACAUUUAUUUCUCGUAUGUGUCUAGGGAGUAUUAGUUUGUCCCAUGAUGCUUUUGUAUUUUCUGUUUUUCAGUACACCAGUGCUGAUUGAUGUAUGCUAAGAAACGCUCACCGUUGAGCCCUUGGUUUCUUACGUUAAUCUCUAAAUUAAGUUUUCUGACUUUUAUUCUUUAGAUGUUUUUGCUUGAUUUCAAAAACUGUCUGCCAAUUUAUAUACAUCAUGUAUAAAUAUAUCAAUAUACAUUUAAUUUUGUAAACAAUUUUGUAUGUAUAAAGCUAUGUUUAUGGUGUAUGUGGCCCAGGCUAUACAGAAAUCUCUGAUCAUUUAGUCGUCAAAUCGAACAUUUCCGCUCUGCUUUGUUCAGUUGUGCGUAGCACUGGCUGGUCUCGACUAGUUCUAGUUGCUAAAGGGUAAAUGAUUUGUUCAGAGGUUCUGACUUGGUCUCAAUCUCAUGAACAUCAGCUGAAAAAGCGUUCUGUAAAUCCACUGACACGAGCGAUUCCUGAAGCCUCCGUCUUCGGACAGUUCUCAUCUGAUAUUUGCCACAUUUUGAAGCUUUGUAGUAGUUUUUUUUUUUUUUUUUUUUAAAUGUGCGUGUGUUGUAUGUAACAUGAUGUUCUUGAUGGAAAUGUAUGUUGUUUGUGCUAUUAUAACUUCAUUUAAAGAUGAUUGUUGGAAGAAAAAAGGUUAAAACAUUUACUAUGAGAGAUUGAGCAGUAAGGAAGUAUUUAUGGUGCCUUACAAAUAAAAGCUUCAUUGGACCUUUA